AUGACUCUCAAAGUCUCUUUGAGGGAGUUCACCUUCCAGGGUCAACAGAGGACCAAGUCUCUGGGUUUCCAUUCAGAUGCCCCGUUUCCGCUAGCGCUGCGGGCCGAGACAACGCAAGAUCAGGUUGCAUCUCUCCAGGAUUAUGUCGAUGCCCUGAGGGAGCUGUCCAGCUCGGGAAAGCUAACCGAGCUGGUUAGAGAACAUGGGGGCGCUGUGCUGAUCAGAGGGCUUCCGAUAGAGAACGCGCAGGAUUAUAGUGAGCUGGCUCAUGCGUUCGGCUUCCAGGCCCAUGAGGAGGUUGGACGGCCUCCCAAGAGGACGGUACUGGCCAAGAAUAUCAAAACCGCCAACGAGGGGUGCGGUGAGACGCCCAUCAACUCGAGCAUCCAGCUUGCCAACGAGGUCAAACGUCGCGCCCCGGAAUUCUACCAAAAGCUUCUGGAGAGGGGAGUCCGCUACGUCUACCGCUACGGAAAGGAGGACGUCGUGUCGACAACGGGGACGAGUGUGUAUGGUGCUUACGGACAGAAUGUCGCAGACACGGAUGACGAGAACACUGCCAGGCAGAAGAUCGAGGAGGAAGUCAAGCGCCACAGUAACAGCUUUACAUGGAACGACGACGGUAGCCUGACCGUCACGCAUACGACUCCUCUGAUACGGAUUCACAACGAUACCGGGCUGGCCACCUGGUUCGGCAACAUCACCAGCGCAUGGGGCCGCAGUGUCCACCACGGCGCAACUGAACCCCCUUUCAGGGGAGACGAUGGCUCGUACCACCCACCUCCAUUGUAUGGCAACGGAGAGGAGAUUGAGAGACAGCACUUGGAUCUCGCCCUGGAAAUCGCUGAGUCCUCUCAGGUUCUGGUCAAAUGGGAAAAGGGCGACUUGGUCCUCCUUGACAACAUUGCCGUCAUGCAUUCCAGACGUGCAUGGAUAGGUCAGAGGCAGGUUCUUGCUGCUCUGUGGGAUGACCAGGGUAGAGUGGAUGAUUACCCUGAGGGAGAGGAGAUUCUCAAAGAUAAGCCACGGAAGCCGAUCCUGGUGGAGAGUGUGGAGUGUGGAGUGGCAUAUGCAUAA